AUGUCAGCUCCUAUAUCACAAUCAGUAUCUUAUGGAUCCAUUGAAAAACCACCAUUCACAGUAACAGUCAUCGGUUCAGGGAAUUGGGGGACAACAGUUGCAAAAGUUAUAGCUGAAAACACUAGAGAAAACCCAUUGUUAUUCGAACCAAUUGUUCGUAUGUGGGUUUAUGAAGAAGAAUAUGAAGGUGAAAAUUUAACAACAACCAUCAAUACAAAACAUAUCAAUUCAAAAUAUCUACCAGGUAUAAUAUUACCAGAUAAUUUAGUUGCAGAACCUGAUUUAUUAGAAGCUGUUAAAGGUUCAAAUAUCUUGAUUUUCAAUAUCCCUCAUCAAUUCUUGGAAACUAUAUUACAACAAUUAAAAGGUCAUGUUUCUCCAAAGACAAGAGCAGUUUCAUGUUUAAAAGGGUUGAGAGUCUCACAAAACACAGUGGAAUUAUUACCAGAUAUCAUUCAUGAAGAAAUAGGUAUAUGGACAGGUUGUCUUGCCGGUGCAAACUUGGCUCAAGAAGUUGCAGAACAAAAAUUUUCAGAAACAACAAUUGCUUAUCCAUUACCACCAGAUUAUAUUUCUGGUGAUGUUGAUGCAACUGUCCUGUAUACCCUUUUCCAUAGACCAUAUUUCCAUAUCCAUGUCAUUGACGACAUUGCAGGAGUUUCCAUUGCAGGUGCUUUGAAAAACAUCAUUGCAAUUGGUGUUGGGUUUGUUGAUGGAUUGAAUUGGGGUGAUAAUGCAAAAGCUGCAAUCCUACGUCGUGGAUUAUUAGAAAUGAUUAAAUUUGGUCAAAUUUUCUUCCCAGCUUCAAAAGUUAGUUCAUUUACUGAAGAAAGUGCAGGUGUUGCUGAUUUAUUCACGACUUGUACCGGUGGUAGAAAUUUCAAAUUGGCUAAAAUUAUGGCUCAAACUGGUAAAUCUGCAAGAGAAGUUGAAAUUGAAUUAUUAAAUGGUCAAUCUGCUCAAGGUUUAGUUACUGCUAAGGAAAUUCAUGAAUUGAUUAAAGAAAAACAUUAUGUUGAUGAAUUCCCAUUGUUUGAAACUACUUAUCAAAUCUUAUUUCAUGGUGUAAGUAUUGGGAUCUUACCUUAUAUGUUGGAGAACAAAUGGAGUCAAAGUAAACAAAGUUUUUACAAUUAG